AUGGCGAAUAGUAUGGAUUUAUUACAUGCAGCUGAAUGUGGUCUAUUAUCUGUAGUUAAAGAAUUAUUGUCAAAUAAUAAGUCAAUAAUUCGUUCUUGUCGACAUAAUAAUCAUAAAAAUCAUGCUUUCAAUCUCGAUUCUUCAGCAAUUCAUUAUGCUUGUCGAUCAGGUCAUUUAAAUAUUGUUAAAUAUUUAUUAACACAAGAUUCAACAAUUGUUAAUGAUCGUGAUCGUGAAAAUUGGACACCAUUACAUUAUGCCUGUUAUAAUGGUCAUAUAAAUAUAGUAAAAUUAUUAUUAAAAUAUAAUGCUGAUGUUAAUAUAAAAGAUCGUUAUCUAUCUCAAAUACCUAUACAAUUUGCUAUGUAUAGACAAUUUGAAGAUAUUGUCUAUUUAUUAGAUUCUAAUGUAAAAUGGACAUGUGAUAAUGUUGAUAAUGAAUCAAAAGCACGAAAUAUACCUGUAUUUCGAAAAAAAUCAAAUUUAUUUCUUGGAAGAUAUAUUUUAAAUGAUAAUCAUAUUAAACAAAUUCAAUCAUUUCGAAAUAACUUACAAUCAGAUGAUAUUGAAUUGACAAAAGUUCAAGAUGCUGAAUUAUCAAAUCUUCUUGUUCGAAUAAUAUUUACACAUGAUUUUAGAAAACAUCUGAACAAAACUAUAGAACUAUCAUCAUCAGAAGGUGAUGAUGAUGAUGAUUCAUUUUUAAGAUCAUCAUCAACAUCAGCUCAUGAACAUAUUAUGAAAACAUUCAAAUGUUAUUUCGAUAAUCAAUGUCAAAUCAAUAUUAACAAUCGUCAUAUAUGUACUGCAUGUCGAUUAAUUAAAUGUUUUCAAUGUGGAAUGAAUAUGGAUUUAUUUCGUUUUCCUUAUUCAAAAAGAAAAAAAACAAUAACUCGAUCGAAAAAUAAAAAAUCUCCAUUAACAUCAACGGAAUUAGUUCCUAUAUUCAAGUCACAUAAACCACAGAUGUUACCAACAUUAAAUAUUUUACAAGCGGACAUAUCAACAUUAACUAGUGAUCAAUGGACUCUUCUCUCAAAUUUGGUUCAUAGUUAUGAUGAACGGAAAGUUAUUUCUGUCUGUCAACGUUUGGUCCAAGAAGACGAAUAUCUUCACUCAAUGAAACCAGCAAAUGAAACAUUGGUUAAACAGUUCUUUACAUUACUUUAUGAAACAACAGAGUUGUGUCUUAGCUCAAAUGGUGAUCUUCGUAGUUUAUCAUUUAAUGAUCGUUCAGUUUUACUUCGUACCGGUGCGGAUUCUAUAACUUGUUAUGGUGGAAUAUUUUCAAUGUAUCAAUUUCAAUUACGCACUUGUCAAUCUUUCUUACACUCACUUCGUAGAAUAUAUGGAGAACAUAGUCUUAUGCUUACCUUAAAUUCAAUAAAAUUUAUUGAUCCUGAUAUUGUACUCAAUAAAAUGGCACUUUUAUUAUUACUUUCCUCUAAAACUACUUGCAUAUUUUCGUCAACAAUAUCAUUAGAUCAUGCCGAUGUUAGUGUCAUUUCAAAGAUUCAAAAUCGAUAUGCAGAAAUAGCAUGGAAAUAUCUUCUAUAUAAAUAUGAUGAAUAUCAAGCUGUUCAAAAAUUUAUGACGUUAAUUCAAUGUCUUAUAGCUGUUAUUCAAACAAUGUCUCAGGUUCAAAGUGUUGAAUCACAUGUUAAUGAUAUUGAAACAAUUGUUGAACAUACUCAACUGAAACUUAUUUUAGAUGAUAUUGAACAAUUUAAUGAAACAGUUGAUGAUUAA